AUGAGCUAUUUUUUCACAGAUUCGAGAUGUUGCUCAAAAACUUGCUCGUGUGUAUUUUUUGGAGCAUUUGCCAGUUUCCCUUUCAUAUGCCCAGGCUUCCCUUUUGCUUUCCUAUGGCCUGCAGCACAAAGACAUCCCUGAAAUAGAGGGAGAAAUGAAUUUGGAAAGGCAGCAGAUAUUGUCCUUGUUCAUGAAAGUCAUGAAGAGGCUUUGCAAAUACCUAAAUAAUCUAACAUCAAAAGAAAUUAACUCAACUGAAUCUCGGCUUAAAGCGCUUAAGAUGGAAGCACAUUCGAUAUCUGUUGAUGAAGAUCUCAGUGAUGCUGCAAAGAAAGUCCAGGAUGAGAUGAAAGCCAAGACGGACGGUUUGUUGGACCCAGAACUAUUUCAGCAAUUCGCUAUAGUUGACAGAGAAGCUGAUUUUGAAAAUGCUCUUCAGAAUGGUGGUGGGAAGAUAGUUCCUGGCGGUGUAAUUAGUGUAAAAUCCAACAAAAGCAAGUCGGAGAAACAUUCCAAGACGGAGACUGAAAAGAGUGACAAGAAAAGAAAUAAAAACCACUCUGGAUCUAAAUCACAUAAGAAGAGGAGGAGUUGAUCUUGUUGGCACAAUAAGUUCUUCCCUCUCGUUUUCUAAUUCCCGCUUCAUUUCCUGGGUUGUUUCUCCUAUUAAUUUAUGACCAGGGGGAGUAGAGCGCGAUCAUACAUCUCAUUGCAUAUUGCCAUCUUAAUCACAACCAUCACCACUAUUUAUGCAAGCAUUUAUAGGUCCACAGAUUCUGUUCAUCCCAAUUUUGCAAAAUUUUAAGAAUUACUCUGUAAUAGGUUAGGAAUACUAGCGGUCUCGUCCUUCAGUCUAUAGAAGCUCUCCUUAGUGGACUUCUCUAGAGCGAAGUAGCAUUUUUCUGCACCAUUUAUUAUGUCAAGUUUUUAAUCAUCAUCCGCCCUUUAUCCACAGUACCGUACUAUUUUUCCCCCUUGUAUCCGUUUUAAAUUUUAUCAUUUUCCGUCGAUCUGUGUAACAUGCAUAUUAACUCCUACAUCCAAAAACGGAACAUGUGCUAUAUUUUAAUUUUGAUGUGUAUUAACUGACGA